UAGCGCCAUCUGCUCGCCGCGCCGCCUUCUGCUCCUCCCGCCGCCGCCCUGAGUCACUGCCUGCGCAGCUCCGGCCGCCUGGCUCCCCGUGCUACCCACCGAUAUUUGGCGUUCAUACAACAUGGCAGACAUCGACAGCUUGCCUAGGGUAGUUAAAAGACGCGUGAAUGCUCUCAAAAACCUUCAAGUUAAAUGUGCACAGAUAGAAGCCAAGUUCUAUGAGGAAGUUCAUGAUCUUGAAAGAAAGUAUGCUGUUCUCUAUCAACCUCUAUUUGAUAAGUGAUUUGAGAUCAUUAAUGCCAUUUAUGAACCUACAGAAGAAGAAUGUGAAUGGAAACCAGAUGAGGAAGAUGAAAUUUCGGAGGAGCUAAAAGAAAAGGCCAAGAUUGAAGAUGAGAAAAAGGAUGAAGAAAAAGAAGACCCCAAAGGAAUUCCUGAAUUUUGGUUGACCGUUUUUAAGAAUGUUGACUUGCUCAGUGAUAUGGUUCAGGAACAUGAUGAACCUAUUCUGAAGCACUUGAAAGAUAUUAAAGUGAAGUUCUCAGAUGCUGGUCAGCCUAUGAGUUUUGUCUUAGAAUUUCACUUUGAACCCAAUGAAUAUUUCACAAAUGAAGUAUUGACAAAGACAUAUAGGAUGAGGUCAGAACCAGAUGAUUCUGAUCCUUUUUCUUUUGAUGGACCAGAAAUUAUGGGUUGUACAGGGUGCCAGAUAGAUUGGAAAAAAGGGAAGAAUGUCACUUUGAAAACCAUUAAGAAGAAGCAGAAACACAAGGGACGUGGGACAGUUCGUACUGUGACCAAAACAGUUUCUAAUGACUCUUUCUUUAAUUUUUUUGCCCCUCCUGAAGUUCCUGAGAGUGGAGAUCUGGAUGAUGAUGCUGAAGCUAUCCUUGCUGCGGACUUUGAAAUUGGUCACUUUUUACGUGAGCGCAUAAUCCCAAGAUCAGUGUUAUACUUUACUGGAGAAGCUAUUGAAGAUGAUGAUGAUGAUUAUGAUGAAGAAGGUGAAGAAGCGGAUGAGGAAGGGGAAGAAGAAGGAGAUGAGGAAAAUGAUCCAGACUAUGACCCAAAGAAGGAUCAAAACCCAGCAGAGUGCAAGCAGCAGUGAAGCAGGAUGUAUGUGGCCUUGAGGAUAACCUGCACUGGUCUACCUUCUGCUUCCCUGGAAAGGAUGAAUUUACAUCAUUUGACAAGCCUAUUUCAAGUUUUUUGUUGUUUGUUUGCUCGUUUUUGUUUUUGCAGCCUAAAAUAAAAAUGUCAAAUAUAA